AUGGGCCCUCAGAAGCUGCUGGCUUAUAUGGCGGUAAUCUAUUAUGAUGUGGUUCCGUUGGGAGCUCUCCUAGAAUUCAAUGUCCCCGCCCUCGUCCCGGUGGAAGGGACCGUAAGCAUACUUGACUUGGCCUCGGAAAGCGGUGUAUCUGAAGAUGAAUUGACGCGCUUUAUCCGCUAUGCUACUGCCAAUUUUAUCUUUUGCGAACCUUCACCGGGCGUUAUUGGUCACACAGCAGCUUCGGCUGCCCUUGCACGGGAUCCCUCGUUCUGCAACUUUCUCCGCUGGCUCACGCUUGAUCUCGCGGCGGUCCAAGCUUCCCUUCCAAUCACAACUAGAAAAUGGCCUCAAGGCGAGCAGAUGAAUGAGUCCGCUGUAAUUUAUGCAUCUGGAAUGAACAGCAAUUUUUGGGAGAGGAUGAACAAAGACCCUUGGCGCCAGUCCAGAUUCCAUCAAGCCAUCGCGGAGUUUGCAAGUGGCGGCGCUGCAUACUUCUCCCGUGUUCUUGCAUUAGCUUGUCCGGACUUCACCAUCACCGUACAAGAUCACACCGUGGACUUUUCGGCUUCUGCAGCCGGGACCGGUGCGUACUUCUUACGACACAUCCUACACGAUUGGCCUCGCGCCGAGGCCGUCUCGAUCUUUCGGAGUCUUCUACCGGCCUUCAAACCAGGUGCAAGAGUGUUAGUCUCGGAACAUCUCAUGUCAGGUGGCGAGCGGGGCGAGUCGCUCCUUGAGGACAAGAAGAGCUAUAUCUUUGAGGCGGUUUGGGAGGCAGAUUCCCAAUUUCCGAAUCGAUUGCGGGAAGCCAUCAAGAUAGCAUAUUUACACAAUGUCCUUUGA